AUGGCUGACGCAGGAGGAGAUGAAGUCAAGAUCCCAUCGGCAGCCGCUCCCCCGGUUAUGGACGUGCAGGCCGCCUUGAAAGCUGUUCUGCGCUCUGCUAACUUUGCGGAUGGACUUGCUAAAGGUCUUCAUGAGGCAGCCAAGGCUCUCGACAAGCGUGAGGCACAUUUCUGUGUCCUUGCUGAGAACUGUGACGAGCCAAUGUACGUGAAACUGGUGGAAGCUUUAUGCAAUGAGCACAACAUCCCGCUCAUCAAGGUAGCAGACAAGAAAAUCAUCGGAGAGUGGUGCGGUCUUUGCAAAUACGACAAGGAAGGAAAGGCUCGUAAAGUUGUUGGAUGCUCCUGCGCUGUCGUCAAGGACUACGGCAACGAAGAGAUUGGGAAACAAGUUUUACAACAGUACUUCGACUCUAAGAAGUAA